UGAAACCGGUUUUGACUGGAGGAGCUGGAGCAUAUAAACAAUGUUACAGAGCUCGUGUUGUUUUUGUACUAGCGGAAGUUUAAUGGACGCGAUAGGUCACUCAAAAUAAGAAUCUCUAUCUGAAAACGAUACCAUGCUAAUUAUUUAGUUUUGUGUGCAGUAGGACAAAUAUGCCGUUCAAUGUUCUUCUUAAUGGCAUACAUUAGAAUACCUGUCCAAUACACCUCAAAGUGCACUUUGCUAAUCAAGACUAACCGGCAUACAGAUACAAAAUACUAGGACCUAAUAGCAAACAGUAGGCUGGCUUUAUAUCCUUAGUGGGAGUGGCCUAUUCAUAACAAAGGGGACAAAUUGAAGGAGCCCAGCUAGGGGUGCCAAGUGAGGCAGGUUACCUGCCUGGAUUGAUCAGGGUCUUCUACCCAGGAGACUGAGAAGUACAGCUGACGACUUCUGGAACGGUAAGAGAGACCUUAAAGACUAAGCCCGAAGAUGACAAAUCAGAGUUCCGCAAAGGCAUUGGACGGUGGCUGGGGCUGGGUCAUCGUGGUGGCAUCUUUCCUGUGCCAGUUUCUGGCAUACGGUUCCCCUAUGUCUGUUGGCGUGCUGUACCCAGAAUGGCUGGACACUUUCAGACAAGGCAAAGGCAUGACUGCUUGGGUUGGUUCUCUGGUAUCUGGGAUCGGGUUGAUUGCAAGUCCUAUUUGCAGUGCCUGCGUAAUAAACUUUGGAGCCAGACCGGUCACAGUUUUCAGUGGGGUUAUGGUGUCUGGCGGCCUGAUGCUAAGUGCAUUUGCUCCCAAUGUUCAAUUUCUGAUUUUUUCCUAUGGAACAGUUGUUGGUAUGGGAUGUGGUUUGGUAUAUGCUGCUACAGUGACCAUCACUUGCCAGUAUUUUGACAAGCGCCGAGGUCUUGCCCUUGGAAUAAUAACAACAGGUACAAGUGUUGGAGGUUUUAUUUGUGCAACUUUUCAGCAAGUGCUUGUGGAACUGUAUGGACUUGAGGGAUGCUUGCUAAUAAUGGGAGCGUUGACACUCAAUAUUAUGGCAUGCGGGGGUCUAAUGAGGCCUCUGAAUGUUCCAGAAUACUUCCUGAAGCAGAAAGCAGCACUAGAACGCACGACAGAGCAAAAAGAUAUACACCGUGAGAAGCCUCCUAUUAAAGAAGAAUCCAUCAACAAAAAUACUUUAUCGAGUGUGGAAAAAGGGUUAACAGUGAGCGACCUGCUGAUGAGCAGUGACACUAAUGACCCGUUAUCUUACGAAAAGAACUUCCUGGGAAGUUCUUCCCUUGUAAAGACGAUCAAGAACAAUAAGCACACUUACUCAAAGUACAUAGCCACGACCGCUGAGCUGCUGCAGGACAGAGUGUUUGUGGCCCUUUGCAUGGCUAUUUUUCUGUUUGAUAUUGGCGCGUUCCCACCUGUGCUGUUCAUGGAAGAUGUUGCCAGGAGCUCAGGCCACAGUGACGGAACCUGUCUUGUACCUCUGGUUUCUAUUGUGGCUAUCAUGGCAGGAGUGGGCAAGCUGGUGCUAGGCAUACUGACAGAUUUGAAGUUUGUGAACAGUUUGUACCUGUACACUUUCACAAUACUUGGUAGUGGAAUUGCUCUGCUUAUAACUCCAAUUGCGAACAACUACGCUGCACUUGCAGUACUUUCUGGGGUGCUAGGGUUUUUUUCUGGCAACUGGUCAAUUUUCCCUUAUGUGACCACCAAAAUCGUGGGGAUGGACAGACUAACACAUGCCUAUGGAAUUCUUAUGUUCUUCGGUGGAUUUGGAAUUGUACUAGGGCCCCCAGUCGUAGGCUGGAUCUAUGACUGUACAGAAUCAUACGACCUGGCAUUCUUCUUCAGCGGAGCCUGUGUGCUGCUAGCUGGAUUUAGCUUGCUGCUGGCAGCACUGCCUUGCUGGGACAAACCCAAGAAAGACCAUCCCAGACCUGAUAUCAAAUACACUAACAACUGUGACAAAGUUGCAUCUGUAGCUUAGAUAACAUUUUAUAUACCUUUUGGGAAAAAAUAUUUUUUUAUGACAAAAACAUGGAGCCAAUUUAGUACUGUCUUCAGAUUAUUAUUAUUAUUAUUUUUUAAAAUAUAGAAAAACACCAGAUUUUACACUCCGCAUGUGUAAUUUAAAAGAGAAAGAAGCAUGGUCCUAUCUGACAUGAGAUUUCAAAUUUAAAAUGUCUUUUCCAUAAGGGGAAGAUAUUUAUGAUCUAUUUGUCUCGUUUUAAGAGGCUUUUCUAUAGUCAUGUAUCUAUUAAGACAGGGGUUCUCAAACUUUUUUUGCUGGGCCCCCCUUUGGAAAUGUAUCAGGCUGUGAUACAUUUACUGUAAAGGAUAAAGUGUAUAUGCGCUGUUAUAUAAUGCUAAGGAUCUUAAGGUUAUGUCAGUAUUUUUUGUGAUCACCUCCCCCCCCCCCCCCCACAGUACCCUUACAACCCUGUGUUGGGUCGGGUUUGAGAAAUGCUGUAUUAAGAGAUGAUAAAAUGUCUAGAUCUUGUUUACUGCAAUGACUGUUUGCUGUAAUAUGUAUAUCAGUCAGGCCCAGAGGGAGAAGUAUAUAUAUAUAUAUAUAUAUAUA